CCCGCUUCCUCAUUCUUAUCAUGUUUCUUUAAUUGCAGAAAGAAAAGUGAGAAGUCUAGAAGGAGUCGAGCAGCAAAUUAUCUGCACAGAGGAGUAUCUGCGAUUCCACCUCAUUUUCAUCAGAGCCAUUAGCAACUGAAGAAAAUGAUUCCAUCAGGCACCCCAGCUAAUGGAAUGUUUGUCAUCACUCAAGUCCCCCCCCAGAAUAAUACUGAUCGUGCUAAUGCUAUUACAAAAGGAAGUAACUUUGGCUCGUUGUCACAACAAUUAGAAAGGUUUCUCAAAGGUGAACCAAAGGCAUUGGGGACUGUUCAAAUCAUGAUUGGACUGUUAAGUAUUGCAUUCGGGAUAAUCUUGGAAUUUUAUGAUUCAAUUGCUGCAACAGCAGGAAUUGUAUUUUGGCCUAGUAUCAUGUACAUAAUUUCUGGAAGCCUCUCUGUUUUUGCUGCCAAUAAGUUACAUCCUUGUCGUGUUAAGGCAGUCAUAGCCAUGAACAUUAUCAGCACAAUUUUUAGCUCCAUUGGAAUCAUCAUAUACGCCAUUGAUCUGCAAUAUUCUACCUACAAUUUAGAAGAUAUUGAUAAUUAUAAUUAUACUUACAAUUAUGAUUAUAAUUUUAAUUCUGAUGGUUAUCUUGGAAACACAAUCCAGAGCACUGGAGAAGGACUCAAGGUCGUUCUACUGAUUUUUACCGUACUUGAACUCUGGGUGAGCUUAAUUACAGCAAUUGUUGGAUACAAUGCAACCUGUGGAAACACAGAAACGACUGUAGUUAACACCAGGCAAAAUGAAGAACUUGCAGGCAUUCCUGUGCAGAACCCACCAUAUAGUACAAUUCUGGAGAAUGUACCUGUGACAAUGCCUUACAAUGAAGUUACAGUGAGGUCAACUUUUCCACCUCCAUACACUUUUUAAAAGCUCUCCUAUUAAACAUUAAUUGACAAUUAAAGCUUUGGGCAGUUGUGGAAAACUUUCACUUACAUUACAUGUUCUCAAACAGAAAAAUCUACUUUAACAUUGUUACCCCAAAAAAGGGAAAAAAUAUCUUUUGUCUUAUGUGUUUCAAUGAUUGAAGCAUCUCCUUAUUGAAAUCUCUGCUUCUUGUAUUCAGACAUCUGUAUCUUUGUGGAUCUUUUUGCAUGUUAUUACUUCUUUUUUCUGAAUAAGAGGUGUUAUACUAUAAUCGUAUAACUACAUUAUAUUUUACAAAGACUAAUAUAGUUUUAUA